AUGGGCGCUUACACAUCACGGCCGGCCACACUAGUUGUCGACUUUUGGAGAGAUGAAUGGAGAACAAAUGAGCUUGCAAAAGCCAAAUAUUUACUAACAGAGAAUGAUUUAUCAUAUAAAACUCCUGUUUCAGGUCUAACGCCUUUACAUGUGUGCGCUAUUACAGGGAGUUAUGAAUGCGCUCAAUACUUUAUACAGAAAUUCUCAGGUGAUGUCCCCUUAUUAACAAGAAAUGGUGUUUCGGCUCUGCACCUUGCCUGUUUUUACGAUCAAGAGCCCAUUGUUCAACUGCUUAUUCCUUUCUUGAAGGGCACUAUUUCCCCAGAGAACGGCAUCACUGCGUUACAUUUGUGCUGUUGGAUAGGAAACAUAAAGCUUGUGAAAUUGUUACUUAAAAGUGGGGUCCACGUCGACUUAAGCGAUUCGCAAGGCUUCACGCCUCUUCAUAUUGCCUGUCAUCGCGGUUUUGACCCGAUCGUUAAACUUCUACUUUCUUGUGGUGCCUGCCCUUCCGCCGUCUCAGCUAACUUGGAUACACCUCUUCACUUGUCCUGUUACGAGCAUCAUCACAUAGUGUGUGCGCUGCUUCUCUCUCUCAACGGCUUCUUUUUUGAAACGAAAAGCCCUACAGCUGUUUGUGAAAUUAGCCAACGGAAAAGCACAGAAUCCAUUAUUAUAAAUAGAAGGUCGGACAGCCAUGUGAACGCUCUUCCUGAGGCAAAAUCUCAUCCUGUUUCUGUGCUUCUUGACGACUUCAACUCGAACCAAAAAGACCAAAAAAAUAUCUUAUCUCCUGAAGACGAUACAAAUAAAUUUCUAGCGACUCUUGUCAAAAGGUCAGGGUCCUUUUCUACGGGGUCGGCCAGACGGAAAAGCCAGAAUGAAGAAGCUUUCAUCGACUUUCCUUUAUGGGAGAUCAAGAAAGCUCCUCAGGGGGCUCCCUCUCCCGUGGACGUUAAUGCGCAGGACAAGGAGCUGAACACACCGCUUCAUUUUUGCAGCAGAAAAGGCUUCAAAACUAUUGCCGCCUGGUUACUUGCUGCUGGGGCAGAUCCUUCCGUCGUCAAUGUGUAUGGGGACACACCCCUCCACAGUGCUUGUUAUGGUAGGCAGUUUGAACUGGUUUAUAUGCUCCUUCUAAGCUCGAGUGGUGAAAUAAAUAUGAGCCGGUUUAAUAUUUUCUCCGAGUCUCCCUUACAUGCUGCUUGCACCUCUGGCGCUUCGGAUCGGAUAGUGCGACUCCUUAUAAGCCGCCCGUCUCUAAACGUUAAUAUUCAAGGGCCGGAUGGCCACACUGCUCUCCACUCUGCUUGUUGGAAUGGCCACGUCAACACAACAUUACUUCUAUUGGAGCACGGCGCUGAUAUCAGUAAGACAACUUUUGAUGGCAGCUCUCCUAUGAAAUGGGCUUACACAAAAGGCCACGACGACAUAGUGGAACUCCUUCAAACUUAUUCUGGUGAUCGAGAAUUGUUCCCGAUCCCUUCGCCCUUGGGUAAAGUUCGAGCCAUCACUCAAGGAAAAGUAGAAAUAGUAAAACUCCGUAAUUUUCUAAAUAAAGACUUAAAAGUCGACGGCAAAGGCAUCACCUUUCUGGAAGCCAUAGGAAACGGAUCAUUCGGGAAAGUAUAUAAGGCCGAAUUUUUAGGAAAGAUUGUUGCCGUUAAGAGACUUUAUUCUCACUCUAUUCGAGGACGCUCAGACGUGGAUAUGUUUGUCAAAGAAGUAAGUAUACUCUGCUCGCUAAACCAUGUGAACAUCAUUAAAUUCUUUGGCGCCUGCACCACGGACCCUACGCAAUUUUGCAUUCUGACGGAAUAUUGCGCUAAUGGAAGCCUGCAUGACACUUUACACGUUGAGCACGUAUUUUUUGGGAUGCCCAAGAAACUUUCUAUAAUAUUGGGAGUUGCAAAGGGAAUGAAGUAUUUGCACACCUUGCCUGUCCCCAUCAUACACAGAGACUUGAAUAGUUUCAAUAUAUUGCUGAAGAGAAACUACGAGCCGGUUAUUGCUGAUUUUGGAGAGGCUCGUUAUUUGGACACCAAUAAUGGCGGUACAUCCUUUAAAGAACUGACUCGGCAGCCCGGAAACCUGAGGUGGAUGGCCCCUGAGGUGUUUGCUCAGAGCAGUAAGUACACCCUCAAAGCAGACGUCUUCAGCUUCGCCUUGUGCGUAUGGGAGCUUCUCGCACUUCAGGUCCCCUUCCGUCAGUUGCAGCCGGCGGCAGCAGGAGCAGCCAUGGCUUACCACCACCACCGUCCGGCCAUUCCGAAGUCCUGUCCGGCGUAUCUUUCUGUGUUACUAAGGCAGGCUUGGGAAUCUUCUAUAGGAAAGAAUUACUUAUGAGCCUUUGAUAGAAGUUUAAUGACAUGAUUUUGUUAUAAUAUUUGGUACCAGACGAAAUUUGCACAAACUACUAACGUUAUCUUUUAAGUAAAUUAAUUACUGUGUACUUUAUAAAUUAGUAUUUUCUUUCUGAGAAUAACUGAGGAAAACUAUAAGAGACCCAACUUUUCUGAGGUGUGCGCUUGGUUAGAGGCCCAUAUGAAUGAAAAAGAAAUUCACGACGCAGAUAUUUCCCUCGGAAUAAUCAUGUUGAAGGAAAGGCUCAAAAAUGAAAAAAUAAUGAAUGCGGUCCCGUAUGGAAUGGAAAUAGACAAAAGAGGAUACGUGUGCGGACUCUCACGGAAUUGAAAAAGUUUCCAUAUAAAUUAUA